CGCUCAUUUCUACAAUUGGCGAAUAAACAAGACAGAAGAAAAUACUGGACACUAAUACUUCCGCGUUAAAUUACAGCGUUAGAUAUAUUCUGUAUUCAUACAAAAGAUGUGUCACUUGAUGUCUAUCAACAGAGAGCAUCUUCGGUGGAAUGGACUUUAAACAACCUCCAGGGUAAUGGCACGGUUUAGGCGGAAAUCAUGUUGUGCACUUAUCAUUUUAGCCUUAGCCGUGUUUAUUAUAACAGUCAUCUUAAAGUCUAUAAGCCCUGAGGACAAUAAUUUUGGCAGUCAGUUUGCAUUUAAACUCAUUCCACCUUCAAGACAAAUGGAACAAGAUAAAAACAUUGUUGCAUCCGCUAAACCUGUGCAGAUGAUACCAGCAGCGAAAGCUGAUAGAAUGGAGAACAAAAUGCAAGAAUUUCCUGAGCCAAAUUACAAUGUGCACGCUUUCUACUAUGUGUGGUAUGGGAACCCGCAGUUUGAUGGAAAAUAUGUUCAUUGGGAUCAUCCACUCUUACCACACUGGGACCCCAAAGUGGCCUCAGGUUAUCCCACAGGACGACACCAGCCUCCUGAUGACAUCGGGGCCAAUUUCUACCCUGCACUAGGGCCAUACAGCUCUAAAGAUCCAUCGGUUUUAGAGGAACACAUGCGACAGCUGCGAACAGCUGCUGUUGGUGUUCUAGCGGUUUCGUGGUAUCCACAUAGUAUGAAUGACGACAAUGGUGAAGAAAUUGAUAAUUUGCUGCCUUUGGUUCUGGAUGCAGCUGACAAAUAUCAAUUAAAGGUUGUUUUUCAUAUUGAACCAUACAAAGGACGAGAUGAUGCAAAUAUGCGUGAAAAUAUUAAAUAUAUUGUGGAGCGGUAUGGAAACCAUCCAGCUUUUUAUAGAUACAAAACAAGCACUGGCAAAUUUCUUCCACUGUAUUAUAUAUAUGACUCCUACCUACAAACUCCAGAUGUUUGGGCACAACUGCUAAAGCCAAAUGGUAUAUCGACAGUCAGGGACACACCAUAUGAUGGCAUCUUCAUUGCUCUUCUUGUGGAUGAAAGGCAUAAGAAGGACAUACUGACUGCUGGAUUUGACGGACUCUACACGUAUUUUGCGACCAAUGGCUUUACUUAUGGCUCUUCGCAUCACAACUGGAGAUCCAUCAAAACCUUCUGUGACUAUAAUAACUUGGUAUUCAUUCCAAGUGUAGGGCCAGGUUAUAUCGACACUAGCAUUAGACCUUGGAACUCCCAGAACACAAGGAACCGCAUUAAUGGAAAGUAUUACGAAACCUCUUUUAAUGCGGCUGUGGAUGCAAGGCCACAGAUCAUCUCUAUAACUUCAUUCAAUGAAUGGCAUGAAGGAACGCAAAUCGAAAAGGCCAUCCCAAAGACAUGGGGUAAAACUGUGUAUCUUGAUUACCUUCCUCAUAAACCUACAGCUUAUUUAGAGAUAACGCAAAAAUGGGCUAGAAAAUUCAGCGACGAGCAGAAGAAAUGGUUGGAGUAAAGAAAAGAUAAUUACUGUAUUGUUAAUUCUGAAACAACAAUAUUGCCCUAAGUAGUGCUUACAAGAGCCAUGGUUUGUUUUAUUUUGUUCUGUUUGAGAUGUGUGCAGUUUGUUUUACUUACAUUUCUUCUACCACUGUAUAUGACAACUUGACUGAUUAAACUAAUCAAAUAGUAAUUGCAAUCAGAUUAUAAAAGGAUUAUAUAGAAACAAUUUUCGGUUACACUUUAUUUUAAGGUGCCCUUAUUACAGUGUAAUUAUACAUGUAAGUACUGAGUAAUAUUUAUUAAGUACAUGUACUUAUUAUAUGGUUAGAGUUAGGAUUAGGGUUUGGCUUUGGGUUACUUGCAUGUAAUUAUGCAAAAUUAAUUAGGGGUUCAAGCAUGUAACGCUGAACAUUACAUUAUAUCAUAAUGUGUAUUACACUGUUUUACACAAACUUUUCAAUGGCUUUUCAUAAUCUUUAGAGAUGCAUAAAACGAUAUAAAUGUUAUAUAUAUCGAUAUCGAACAUAAUUGUUAGAGUGGCCAAGGAUCAGCAAUCUCCACUUAAAACUUAUCGGGAAGACCAAACCGUAGGUCAUAGAAACUUGAAACUUGGAGGGAUGGUAGUACUCUCACCAUCUACAACCUCACCAAGGCUCGCCCCAAUUGGCCUGACACGGGCGCUACAGUGAUCAAAAGUACGAAAUCAGGCAUUGUUGGAAUCCUUGGUUUACACUACACAAAAUGCAGGCUUUGGAUUUGUCUGUCACCCUGCCAAAAUUUUCAGGUAUUUAGCAUUUUUUAAAAACCUACUUUUGUGAAUCAGUCCUAGGUUUUUCACCCGAUCGGAACCAAACCAGUGCAGGAAGAUUUUCUGGAGAGUGAAUGUCAAUAAUAAUCAAAAAAAAAAGUUGAACUUUCGACUCUCCGUCACAAAGGGAUGCCAAAAGGGGCAGGGUUUACUAAAACAGCUAUAACUUUUGAAUGGAAAAAGAUAUCUUCGCCAAACACACUACACGUAUGUGAGAGCUCAAUCUGAGGUCACAUGAAAAGUUGCAGAGCUUGGCCACUUGGUGGCGCUAUAAGAGGGGGAAAAAACCCCAAUAAAAACGGCCAUACUACGAAACUAUUUGUCCUAUUGACAUGAAAAAUCAACAUAAUCAGAACCCUAAGACCCCUAACGGUCUGUGAGAAAUUUUAAAGAAAUUGGCCACUGGGGGCAAUAUCUGAUUUUUCAAGCAUUUUAAACGAUUACAUGGUUUCAAAUAUACACACGAUACUGGUAUCAUAGAAUAGACCUCUUCGUUCUAAACAACUUUGCUAUUAGAACCAGUGCUGUCAAUCAAAAUUUUAGUUAAAUGUUUGAGAAAAGGAGAAAAACCUACUUUUGCAAACUAGUCUGGUAAAACACUGCAGUACAAUUCUCUGGACUCUCUAGGUCAAUAAUUACAAAAAAAAAGUGAAAUUUACCCUUUGGGAAGCUAUAAUGGGGUCGUUUAGAAAAGGGGCCUGUCCAAAUAUACCCAAAAGCCUAUAAAGCCUAAACAAAAAACUUCACGAAACCUGGUGAGCACAUAUGAUGUGAAAGCAUGCAAAGUUAUAAAGAGAUCGGACCACAGCCACUGCUAUAACAGUUAAAAAAAGAAUUCAGAAACGCUGUAUGUCUAUGGUAAAUGACCUCAAAUUGCAGAAAAUGUUCAUACGUUCAUGCAUACAUCAGAUCUUCUCAUUGUACUAUCAAUCUCCUCAUUCUGAACAACUUUGCCUCUAGGACCACUGCUGUCAAUCAAAUUGUUCUUUAAAUAUUUUACAUUAUUAUUAUUUUUUUUUUUUAAACCUACUAUUGCGAACUACUCCUAGGCUUUACACUGAACCUCAAAAAACAAAACAAAAACAAAAACAAAAAAACACUGCAGUACAAUUCUCUGGACUCUCUAAUCAAUAAUUACAAAAAAUUUUGAAAUUUACCCUUUGGGAAGCUAUAACUGGUUCAUUUAGAAAAAGGGCCUGUCCGAAUUUACCCAAAAGCCUAUACAGCCUAAACAAAAAACUCAAAACUUCACGAAACCUGGUGAGCACAUAAACAAGCAUGCAAAGUUAUAAAGAGAUCGGACCACAGCCGCUGCUAUAACAGUUAAAAAAAGAAUUCAGAAACGCUGUAUGUCUAUGGUAAAUGACCUCAAACUGCAGAAAAUGUUCAUACGUUCAUGCAUACACCAGAUCUUCUCAUUGUACUAUCAAUCUCCUCAUUCUGAACAACUUUGUCUCUAGGACCACUGCUGUCAAUCAUAUUGCUCUUUAAAUAUUUGACAUUAUUUAAAAAAAAAAAAAACUACUAGGAUCAAACAAGCCAAUAAUGAUCAAAAAAUGUUGAACUUUCCCCUUUCAAUAGCUAUAACAGGGUCAUUUAGAAAUUGUGUGGGGCCAAAUGUACCCCUAAGCCUAUAAACCCCAAAUGAAAACUCAAAACUUCAUAAAAGUGAGUACAUGUGGCACAUGAUUUUAAACAAGCAUGCAGCAUUUAAUGGAAAUUCGACUGUAGGUGCUGCUAUAACACUCAUAAAUAUUAACAAUCAUCAUAUUUCUAUGGUAAAUUACCUGAAUUUGGCAAAAAGUCUUUUUUAAAUAAUUGAUUUAGGUGGUUACAGCCAUGUUAACACAAUGUAUUUUCCUGUGCUUAAAGUGCUUGAACCCCAGUAAUCGCUGUUUGCAGCUAUAUUUGUUGUUAUAAUAGUACGUACAUGUAACAUGUAACAAGGACACCUUAAAAUAAAGUGCUACCAAUUUUCACUAUUUAAAUGCUAGUGCAUUUCACAAAUAAUUAUAAACAAAUAACAAGCUACACACUGAACAUAGUGUACUGUGUGCUUAUCUUAAAAUUUAGAUGGAUUUAAAAUAGAUUUAAUUUAUUCAGAAAUAAACUAGUUUAAUGAAAUCUCUUUCAAGAUUCACAUAUGAUACUCAUAAGCUGUCUUUCUCACUACAACACAGUAACACACUGUAAAUUUGAAUGUAAAUGCAUAGCAUUAAAAACACCUAAUAUAAAGACCAACAUAAUUGACUAUGGUUUCCCUGGCAUCACAAUUAAUAGAUUAAUUAAUUGAUUAUUUAUUAUAUUAUGGAAGUUAUUAAAUGAACAAUAAAUUAU